CGUGGGCGGGACGGCGGAGCGGGGCGCCAUGUCGCGGCGGCGGUGGCGCGGCCCUCAGGGUUCCGAGGGCGGCGGACGCGGAACCGACAUGGGGAAGAUGGCGGCGGGCGGCGGCGGCGGCGGUUCGGGCCGAUAUUACGGUGGCGGUAGCGGCGGAGAAGGCGGGAGGGCUCCAAAGCGCCUGAAAACCGAUAGCGCGGAGCCGCCGCCUCACGGGCCCGGUGGGCCGGGGGGCGCGGGCGGAGGAGCCGGAGCGGGAGGAUCGGAGAAUUACGAGGACCCCCACAAAACGCCGGCGUCGCCCGUGGUUCACAUCCGCGGCCUCAUCGAUGGCAUCGUGGAGGCCGAUCUGGUGGAGGCGCUGCAGGAGUUCGGGCCCAUCAGUUAUGUGGUGGUGAUGCCAAAGAAGCGUCAGGCGCUGGUGGAGUUUGAGGACAUCCUGGGCGCCUGCAACGCCGUCAACUACGCCGCCGACAACCAGAUCUACUUCGCCGGCCACCCGGCCUUCGUCAACUACUCCACCAGCCAGAAGAUCUCACGGCCCGGCGACAGCGACGACGCGCGCG